AUGGCCCCGGCGCGACAGCGACAGCGACAACGGGAGGACAUCUCCCCAGACCGGCAACUCCCCGCCUCCUCAGCAGUCUUCAUCCCCAAGAUCUCCACAGCCGAGGCCAAGAAGCGGACCAUCGUCAUUGACGACGACUCGGACUCUACUUCCGAGGCGGAAGACUACGGUGGGGCCGCGUUUGAGUAUGACGACUUACCUGUGUUUUCGUCCCAAGCUGUAGUGACGGUAACACAUAACCCCCGCGCUGCUGCCUCUGCUGCUGCUGGUAGUCGUGAUCAAAAGGAGGUUAUUGUGCUGGAUGAGGAGGAUGAGGAUGACGACAUGCCGCUGCCUACUCAGCGUACUAGAGGUGUGAAGAGGCAGAUGGCGGCUGUGUCUGAUGAGGAUGAGGAUGAAGAUGAGGGGAAGCGUGAGGGCAACGUCAAGGAGAAGGCUGGGGUUGAUGACGAGGGCGAGGAAGAGGACUCAGACUCUGACCGAGUUUUGUCGUCGGCAGUCAGGAAAAGGGCAACGAGGCGCGGUGGAGUGAAGGAGUCGAGUCCGACGAAGAAGAGACGGCUGAUCAGGAGAGGGAAUCCAUCCUCGGCAAGCUCGGCUAAGGAGGAAGAGAAUUCAGAUGAUUAUAAGCCUCGUCGCCUAGGCAAGGGCAGGCUAAAGGUUGCUACCGGUACGGGUAGCUCAUCUGCUGCCACGUCCUCAACAGAAUCACGACCCGUUAGGGCCAAGCGUCGAGUCAAAAAGCCCAUGACGGAGAAGGAGAGAGCGAGAGAGCUACUGAGGCGCAAGCGGGUGGGCGAACCUAUCGAUGACUUGGAGAACGUGGAGGAAGAUGAGGACUCGGAGGUCGAGCUACCUAAAAGGGGCUACUACGACACAGACUCGGAUAAUCCUGCUCUUUCGGAGUUUGAGGACGAGGAAACGGACGAGGAAGAGAUUGUCAAAGAAGAGGAGAUGGAAAAAAAGAAGGGAAAAGGAAAGACGGAAACGAAGGACAGCAAGAAGACCAGAAAGAAAGACAAGAAGGGCAAGAAGCGAAGAGAGAUAUCCCCUGAUUCGGAGGAUACCGAAGACAACGACGAAAAGCGCAACGCAGGUUCCUAUGAAGAUGAAGAGAUGCAGGAUUUCAUCUCUGAAGACGACUCCGACGCCCCUAUUGGCGCACCCGACGAGAUUGGUAUCCCGCUCGAGUUCACUAGGCACGCACAUAAGCCGCUCAAGGAACACUUCCGCGACGUAGUUGAGUGGCUAGUUCAUUACAAAAUCCACCCUAAAUUCCCGGAGAAAACUGCCGGGUUGUAUAGGCUCGGCUGGAGGAAGCUCGAUGAUGAGGUCCGUGGCUUGGCCCAGAAUUUUUCCCACCCAAGAUUCCUCGAAGCCGUCCCCAACAACAACCCCUCCCCUUCCCCCGAUGACGAAGGCGGUGAUCCAGAUGAGAACGAUGCUGACGGCAACACCAUCCCCGCCGCCUCGCGACACUGGAAGAUUGGCUCUGUAUGCCACUCCAACGCCGAGACGGCCCACAACCUGCUGCACUGGCAGUACGCCCUGCUGGACUGGGUCGACACCCGCCUAUCGGAAGACGGACACCUGGCUGCUGCUGCUGCUAUUUCGAAAAAGCGCGAGGGUGAAAGCAAAGAGAAGCGCAAAAAGAGAACAACAAAAAAGAAGUAUAAGCUGGUGGCCAAGAUUGUGAGCGAGUGGGAGGCGAAUGGCACGGUCAAGGCGCUGUUUCGCGAGUUUAAGGAUAUGCUGGAGGCGGCGAGGAAUAAGAGCACGGCGGGGCCGAGGGUGCAGAAGAGGUGA